AUGAAGCGAUCGAUAGUAUUUUGUGUUUUCGCUGCGUUUGGUGGUUGGCUGUUUGGGUACGAUAUCGGUUAUAUCUCAGGAUGUCUGAUCAUGCCAGAUUUCAUCCACCAAAUUCAAGGAGUCGAUGCUACAGCCAUAACAUCGCAGAAUCAAUCGAUCAUCACAUCAUUGCUCUCGGCAGGUACUUUCUUCGGUGCGAUCUUACAGGCUUUUACAAGUGAUAGAUUAGGUAGAAAAGGUUCCAUCUUAUUUUGGUCUGCCAUUUUCUUCAUUGGAGUCAUAGUCCAGGUUACUACGUUCUCGCUUGGUCAGCUUACUGCCGGUCGAUUUGUUGCCGGUCUAGGUGUCGGCGCUCUGUCAGCUAUCGUACCGCUCUAUAUCGGCGAAGCUGCACCUAAGAAAUUGAGAGGAUCGUUGUUAGUCUUAUACCAAGUACAAAUCAUCUCUGGUUUGUUCUUGGCAUACAUAGUAAACCUUGGAACUCAUCAUAUCAACAAUUCAGCUUCAUGGCGAAUACCCAUAGGUUUACAGCUAGUAUGGGGAAUAAUAUUAAUGGGUGGAUCGCUCUUGUUACCGGAAUCACCUAGAUUACUGUUAGGUAAAGGCAAAGUGGAUCAGGCGAUAAAAGCUAUUGCAGCGCUUAAUGAUUGUGGUGUCAAUGAUAAAUUGACUCAAGACGUCAUGCAAGAACUUCAAGUUGCAAUCGAAGCCGAGAAUGAAGGUGGUAAAGCUGGAUGGUUGGAGUGCUUCUCAACUAGAAGCAGAAUGUGGAAAAGAACUCUGAACGGAUGUAUGGUACAAAUGCUACAACAACUGAACGGACAGAACUUUUACUACUACUACGGUCCAGUAUUCUUCGAAGCGGCAGGUACAGGCCUCGAUUCAUACUCCAUUCAAGCGAUCUUAGGAGGAAUCUCAUUGUUCAUGGUAUUCCCAGCAAUGUGGACGAUCGAACAUGUAGGAAGGAGGAAAUCACUCUUGAUUGGAUCAUUGGGUCAAGCAGUCUGUGCGAUCAUUGCCGGUCUGGUAGGACACUUCUAUACGGAUACCGAAGGAGUUUCAGAUAGUACCCGACAAGUCGGUGGGAAUGUGAUGAUUGCCUUUGCUGUCUUCCAUUUGGCUUUCUAUUCAAUGUUCUGGGGUCCUACACCUUGGGUAUUGAUGGGAGAAACUUUCCCAUUGAGAGUUAGGUCAAAAUGUAUUGCUUUAGCUGCCGCUACCAACUGGUUAUGGAAUUUCCUAUUAUCGUACUUCUCACCCCUCAUCGCUGAUGAUAUUGGACCUUUGAUCCUGUUGGUCUUCUGCGGAUGUUUGGUAUUCGCUUUUGUCUACGUGUACUUUAUGAUCCCCGAAACCCGAGGUAUCUCUCUGGAAGAGGUGGACGAGCUAUAUCGAACAAAAUUACCAGCCUGGCGAUCCAACUCAUGGGUACCUUCCAUUCACCACGCAAAUAUCGAUGGAGAAGGAGUCACAAGACAUAGCGAGUCCACGUUCGUUGCCAAUGGUCUCGGCUCAGAGAAAGAGAAGAAAGUCACCCAACAGCAUGUUGAGAAUGCCAUACCAAAUGAGAAACUACGCAAACUUCAAAUUAGGAUAGGCUUGACUGUUAAACAGCACUCGAGCGACACUGAGAAGCAAAGUCUGUUUUACGAAGUAUAG